UGUAGGAAUCCCAUGAUGAAUUAUUUUGCAGUGAAUCGUCAUUUUGUGUAUCAAAUAAUUCUAUAAUUUAUCUUGUAUCAACGGGGAAUUUCACAUAGAUACUUUGUUUAAAGUGAUGACCUUUAAAGAGUUGCUUGCCCAGCCUUCCCGUGGAUUCUGUGGUGAGGGGGGCAGUGAGUGCAACCACCACACGGGGGCAGUGUAGAGCCAGCCACUGGAUCCGCCAAGGAUGUUGCUUUUGGGAGUCAGAAGCAGUGGGUCAGAAGUCCAACUCCUAGCUGUUGCCCAACCCAAGCCCACCUAGUGUGGCCCCCACCUCAAGUCACACCUACACAGGAGAACAUCCCUGCUGUCUCUGGGUCUGUCUGGUGUGCGUCCCUUGCCCAUUGGCAGGUAGUCAUAGGGCACGAGUGCCCCCUGCUCCUCAGUGGUCCUUUCCAGUCCCAAGGGUGGAAGGGAUGCAAGUCUCACAACUUCAUGCCUUCCCUCCUGCUCCAGGGAUGGGGAGAGUCGACCCCAGGGACACGCACCCCUGCUUUGCAGGAAGGACAGGUCCUCCCUGCUCUCUGUCCUCCCCAUUCCCCAGCUUCCCUCCCACACCUCCCCUACCUCCAGUCCACCCUAAGCCUGAAUUUCUCUGGCCCUGAGGAUGUUUUGAUGUGGAAGGGGGGCAGGCUAGAGGAUGCACUGAUCAUCCCACUUCCUAAGAGGGGACAAUGGCACGCCAGCUCAACACACCACUCAGGCGGGCGGGCGGGCAGACAAGUGGGCUAUGGGAACCCCAGCCAGGCAGGCAGAGAUGUCGGGAUAAUUUAGCAGGUGGCCUCGUUACUCCCAGAUCUGUCACCAUGGUAACCUGGUUUUUUCUUUAAAAAAUGUACAGUGCCAAGAGGAGGAAGAUGGCUGACAAAAUCCUCCCUCAAAGGAUUCGGGAGCUGGUUCCCGAGUCCCAGGCUUACAUGGACCUCCUAGCAUUUGAAAGGAAACUUGAUCAAACCAUCAUGCGGAAGCGGGUGGACAUCCAGGAGGCCCUGAAGAGGCCUAUGAAGCAAAAGCGGAAGCUGCGUCUUUAUAUCUCCAAUACUUUUAACCCUGCGAAGCCCGAUGCAGAGGACUCUGAUGGCAGCAUUGCCUCCUGGGAGCUGCGGGUGGAGGGGAAGCUCCUGGAUGAUCCCAGCAAGCAGAAGCGGAAGUUCUCUUCCUUCUUCAAGAGUUUGGUCAUUGAGCUGGACAAAGACCUGUACGGUCCUGACAACCAUCUUGUUGAGUGGCACCGAACACCUACAACCCAGGAGACGGAUGGGUUCCAGGUGAAGAGGCCGGGGGACCUGAGUGUGCGCUGCACACUGCUCCUCAUGCUGGACUACCAGCCUCCCCAGUUCAAACUGGACCCCCGCCUGGCCCGGCUGCUGGGGUUGCACACACAGAGCCGCUCAGCUAUUGUGCAGGCCCUGUGGCAGUAUGUGAAGACCAACAGGCUACAGGACUCCCAUGACAAAGAGUACAUCAACGGGGACAAGUAUUUCCAACAGAUUUUUGACUGUCCCCGGCUGAAGUUUUCUGAGAUUCCCCAGCGCCUCACAGCCCUGCUGUUGCCCCCUGACCCAAUUGUCAUCAACCAUGUCAUCAGCGUGGACCCAUCAGACCAGAAGAAGACAGCGUGCUACGACAUUGACGUGGAGGUGGAAGAGCCACUGAAGGGCCAGAUGAGCAGCUUCCUCCUGUCUACAGCCAACCAGCAGGAGAUCAGUGCUCUGGACAGUAAGAUCCAUGAGACGAUCGAGUCCAUAAAUCAGCUCAAGAUCCAGAGGGACUUCAUGCUAAGCUUCUCCAGAGACCCCAAAGGCUACGUCCAAGACCUGCUCCGCUCCCAAAGCCGGGACCUCAAGGUAAUGACAGAUGUAGCCGGCAACCCUGAAGAGGAGCGCCGGGCCGAGUUCUACCACCAGCCCUGGUCCCAGGAGGCCGUGAGCCGCUACUUCUACUGUAAGAUCCAGCAGCGCAGGCAGGAGCUGGAGCAGUCGCUGGUUGUGCGCAACACCUAGGAGCCUGCAAAUGAGCACUUCCAUGGACUGGGGACCAGCCAGGGGUGCCCCAGAGAACUGGCCAGAUGUGCCCUGGGAUCAGCCACUUUGCUGUGGCUUCUUGCCGCCUUGGGGGCGGGAGGACUGGAUUAAAGGUUGUUCUUCUGACAGCAGCAGCGUGGUCAAUGGAAACCCAGGUUGGAGGAAGCUGGGGAGGGGGAAGUGGGUCCCUCUGGGCAAACUCCCCACACCCUUCCCUCAGAUUCUUCUCCUUCCCCAUUUCUUCCUA